ACUGUAUGUAUUUCCCAAUGACAGGCUCCAACACAACCUCAAUCCAGUCUUGAUCCCUCCCUCAUACAUUUUUCACCAAUGUCUGCCACACAACUCCUCAACCCCAAGGCCGAGAGUAGGCGCCGCGGUGAGGCCCUGCGGGUCAACAUCAACGCAGGCGAAGGCCUUCAGGAUGUCCUCAAGUCCAACCUGGGCCCCUCCGGGACGAUCAAGAUGCUCGUCGACGGCAGUGGACAGAUAAAAUUGACCAAAGACGGAGCGGUACUACUCAAAGAAAUGUCCAUCCAAAACCCCACCGCAACCCUCAUCGCCCGCGCAGCCACCGCACAGGACGACAUCACGGGCGACGGCACCACUUCAGUUGUCCUCAUGAUCGGCGAACUCUUGAAACAGGCGGACAGAUACAUCCAAGAGGGACUUCACCCCCGUGUAUUGACGGACGGCUUCGAGCUGGCCAAGACGGAAACCCUCAAGUUCCUCGACACCUUCAAAAUCACCAGACCCAUCGACAGAGAUCUUCUCCUCUCGAUCGCACGCACGUCUCUCUCCACAAAGAUCAAUCGAACCCUGGCCGAACAAUUAACGCCCUCGAUCGUCGAUGCCGUCCUGGCCAUCCACCGACCGCCACAGAAACCGGACCUGCACAUGAUCGAAAUCAUGAAGCUGCAGCACAAACUCGCCUCUGACACACAACUCAUCCGCGGCCUUGUCCUCGACCAUGGCGCCCGGCAUCCGGACAUGCCCAAACGACUCGAGAACGCAUACAUCCUGACCCUGAACGUGUCACUGGAAUAUGAAAAAUCCGAAAUAAACUCUGGCUUUUACUACAGCUCCGCAGAGCAGCGCGACAAGCUGGUCGCAUCCGAGCGAAGGUUCGUCGACGAGAAGUUGCGCAAAAUCAUCGCGUUGAAGAACGAAGUCUGCGGAUCCGACCCAAAGAAAUCCUUCGUGGUGAUCAACCAAAAGGGUAUCGACCCGCUGUCGUUGGAUGUGCUCGUCAAGAACGGCAUACUGGCCCUGCGCCGCGCCAAACGACGCAACAUGGAGCGUCUACAACUCGUGUGUGGCGGACAGGCACAGAACAGCGUGGACGACCUCGACGCCAGUGUACUCGGCUGGGCCGGCCUCGUCUACGAGCACACGCUGGGCGAAGAGAAAUUCACCUUUGUCGAGGAAGUCAAGGACCCCAAGUCCGUCACCCUUUUGAUCAAGGGCCCCAACCAACACACCAUCACGCAGAUCACGGACGCGGUGCGCGACGGCCUGCGCAGCGUGUACAACACCAUCGUCGACGGGUGCGUCGUCCCCGGUGCGGGAUCCUUCCAGAUCGCGGCCGCCGCGCACCUCAAUUCCGAAGCCGUGCGGAAAUCGGUCAAGGGUAAAGCGAAAUGGGGCGUCGCUGCUUUCGCGGACGCUCUGCUUAUUAUCCCCAAGACUCUGGCGGCGAACAGCGGUCACGACAUUCAAGAUGCCCUGGCGGCCCUGCAGGACGAACAGAGCGAAGGCAACGUCGUGGGCUUGGACCUCGUCACCGGCGAGCCUAUGGAUCCCGUGCAAGAGGGCGUCUACGACAGUUUCCGGGUGUUGAGGAACAGCAUCGCCAGCAGCCAGGGAAUCGCGAGCAACUUGUUGUUGUGCGACGAACUCCUCAAGGCCCGACAGAUGGGCAGACAAGGAGGGCCGGGAGGCAUGGAUCAAGAAUGAGGGUGAAGCCUCGAAACCAGACCCGAGCUUGUUCCCAAGUCAGAAGACGAGAACGAAGGAGAAGAAAGGAAAAGCUCCCACAUUUUGUUGGUUCUUGACGGCUCGCUCGACUUUCCAUCCACUCUGACGGAUCAAUUGCUCGUUGCAAACAUGAGCACCGGGGGCUUGGCCAGUGGUUUCAAGUCCACGUCCGACCGGGGAAAAAGCAUUACCGGGAACCACACAUAUGAUUUGACGACGAAAACUGAAAGAUUCAAAAGGCCAGGGUGUGAAGGAAGGAAGAAAAGAGGAGUCUGAUGAUGAACCCGAUGUGAGAUAUAUGCCUGAAACGGGACAAGACCGCGAGGAACCAUUUAGUGGGUUGCGGUACCUUUGUAAGAAUACCCAAGAUUCCCCAAACUCCAACCUCGGAAAGUGACGCAUGCAUUGUACUGCAUCUACUGUGUUGUACGGAGUUGCCUCAUCUGUGUAGAGUUAACAACGGGAUAUACUCGUGCGCUAUGUACGGUCCCGAUACUGGUGUUGGGGCAAAAGAGCAACGGCAGUCAUGGUUAGCUGGUAACGUCCUCGUUGCGCCGGGGGUGUCUCAGUAGAGGAAUACUCUUGGAGAGCGCCAAAAUAAAUAAAAAGGUU